AUGCUGGACCCGGGGAUCAAGGAGCAGCAGGGGUACGGCCCGGUGGAGUCCGGUGAUGCGGCUGAUGUGUGGAUCCUCAAUGCAGAGGGCAAGGCGUUCGUUGGUGAUGCCAUUAAUGAGCAGCAGGGGUACGGCCCGGUGGAGUCCGGUGAUGCGGCUGAUAGGGAGGGUGCACUGUGGGGCAUGAAACUGCUGAGUGCCAUUAAGGAGCAGCAGGGGUACGGCCCGGUGGAGUCCGGUGAUGCGGCUGAUGUGUGGAUCCUCAAUGCAGAGGGCAAGGCGUUCGUUGGUGAUGCCAUUAAUGAGCAGCAGGGGUACGGCCCGGUGGAGUCCGGUGAUGCGGCUGAUGUGUGGAUCCUCAAUGCACAGGGCAAGGCGUUCGUUGUUGACGUGUGGCCCGGCCCCUGCAAGUUCCCCGACUACACAAUGCAGCGAGCAAGGGAGUGGUGGCGAGACAUGGUGGCAGAUUUCGCAAAGGAGGGAGUGGACGGCAUUUGGAACGACAUGAACGAACCCACUGUGUUCCGGGCUGUCAACAAGACCAUGCCAGACGACAACAUUCACCGGGGGGAUGACCACAUGGGUGGCACCCAGAAUCACCUGCACUAUCACAAUGUAUACGGCAUGCUCAUGGCUCGAGCCACCAGCGAGGGUCUAGGAAAGGCUCUCCCCGACAAGCGGCCGUUUGUGCUGACCCGGGCGGGGUUUAUCGGCAGCCAGCGCUAUGCUGCCUCAUGGACGGGAGACAAUCUGGCCACCUGGGAGUACCUCCACAUGAGUGUCCCAAUGGCACUCAACAUGGUACGGUACGGUGUGGUGAGGUAUGGUGUGGUGCAUUGUCGUAUGGUUGGGGACGUGGCAACGGGGUUUAUUGGCAGCCAGCGCUAUGCUGCCUCGUGGACGGGAGAUAUCCUGGCGACCUGGGAGUACCUCCACAUGAGCAUGGCGCUGAACAUGGCUCUGAGCGGCCAGCCUCUGAACGGGCCGGACAUUGGAGGCUUUGCUCUGAACGCCACUCCCCGGCUGUUUGCUCGGUGGAUGGGAAUCGGUGCUCUGCUGCCCUUCUCUCGUGGACACUCUGAGAAAGGGACAAAGGACGCCGAACCAUGGGUGUUUGGGGAAGCGGUGAGAGGAACGGGAGGGAGGGUGGGAAAGCGGAUUGCUGCACAAGGGUUUGUGGGGAUGGGUAUUGGGGUUUUGCUGCCUUUCUCCCGCGGGCACUCGGAGAAAGGGACAAAGGACGCCGAACCAUGGGUGUUUGGGGAAGCGGCCAUCGAGCGUCGAUACCGUCUGCUGCCGCACCUCUACACACUCUUUUUCCAUCACGACAACACCGGCAGCCCUGUCAUCUCGCCCCUCGUCUUUGCUGGUACGUCUGUUUAG